AUGAAACUCACAAGCAUUAUCCUCGCUCUCGCAGCGUCUGCGUUAGCCGUCCAACCCCAACGCCGUGAUACCGUCACCGUAGCAGCAACAACUACAACCGAUCCCAGCGGAUUCAACAUUGGAGAAAUUUCCAGUGCACUUGCAAACCUCUCCACGAACACCACCGCAACCGCCAACUUCGGCAACAUCUCGCCACCCCCGAAAUCGCUCAUCCCCGAAAUCCUCUCCGUCGUCCCCGUCACCGUGCUCUGGGACCUGAUCAACGCGCAGUCCCGCAGCUCGCUGGCCAGCGCGUUCAGCGCCGGCAGUACCCCGGCCUGGUAUAGCAGUUUACCCGCGGACGUGAAGAGUUAUAUGUCCGUGGUGAAAUCGCAGAUUUCGGGCGGUGCGUUGACGGCGACGACGGGGUUGGCUUAUGAGACUAGUAGUGCGAGUACUAGCAGUGGCAGCGGUGCUACUACGGGUACUGCUGGGGGGAGCUCGACGUCGACUUCGAAGGGAUUGGCGGCGUCGCAGCCUACAGGGUUGACGGCGUCGGUGAUUGGGGCGGUGGGGGUACUUGGAUUGGCGUUGGUGUUGUAG